AUGGCUGACAAUACAAAGGUGACAUUGUUGUUUGCUCACGGCGGUGCAUUUUGCAAGGAUACGUGGAAUCCUAUUAUUCGUCGUCUAAAAGAAUCGCAGAUUCUACAAGCCGUUCCGACAGAUUUUGCCACGUUCAACUUCCCGUAUCAUGGUGACAAGCACGACAGGGCAGCGGUGCAGUCCUUUGAAGUAGACCUUAGCAACCCAAAAGCACCGCGGGUAUGGAAUUCGAAACACGAUCUCGUUGGGUGGGUGGCUGGUGCAGUGCAAGAACAAGUAGCAGCGUGGAAGGAGAAGAUCAAAGAUGAAGACAGUGAAGGAAAGAUGCAACAUAAACUCAUCGGGAUCGGCCAUUCCAUGGGUUCAGCAGGCCUAUGGGCUACAGAAGUAGCGAAUCCUGGCACCUUCGGAGGUCUCAUUCUAUUUGAACCUGUUCUUGCUCGAAAUUCGACGGAGACAGACUUUAUCAUUGACUUUAUGGUCUCUCUUACGCUCCAAAGAGACGCAUCAUGGUCUUCUCGUGCUGCAGCUGAAGAGCACUUUUACAACUUGAAGAACUUUGCCAAGUGGGAUCGUGAAACACUUGCUGGAUAUUUGUGUGGAGGUCUUGUAGAAGCAGACAACGGGACUGUCACUCUGGCGUGUCAUCCCACUAUCGAGGCUUCUCUAUACUGUCAAAGACCAUUAUGGCUGACUGAGCACGAGCUACAGCAACCAACAUGUCCCAUUACUUUCCAUUGGGGAAGUCGCUCGAAAAUGUGGUUUCGUGACCAGUUUGAAUCCCUCCAGCAAAACCUGCCGCACAUUUAUACAAUGCGAGAACCAAUGGAAGGCAGUUCGCACUUGCUUGUGUUUGAAAACCCAGCGUUGGCAACCGAGAAGAUCGUCCAAGAUCUUGCUGAGUUGGAGCCGUACGAUGCUGUCACGUCUGAUAAAACUGCCAAAAGUAGCUCAUAUUAA